GUUUCGGAGGGGGUCAUUCAGAGAUUAGCAUAAUUCGUCUUCUUUGACACUACUUUGUUUGCCUUGCAAGAUUCACGAUCUCUUUCGGUAACGGCAGCCGCUCUUAAAGUUAACUAUCGAUCAAAACAUGAAACUUGGCAUCCUGAUCGUCGGUGAGUAGACUGAAAAAUGUGACUUUACGUAACCAAUGGUCCGAAAUUUGCGAGGAAGGUUCUCCUAGCAACACAGAGCUUCAACGAAUCCGGGAAACAAAUAGUGCAUUAACAAAAAAAAGCACGAUAUAUAGUGAUUUGUUUUGAAGGCGUCAGAACCAUUUGCCUUUUGUUUUUCAGCAGCGACUCUGUGCAGCCUUAUUAAUCUUCACUGUAGAGUUCUUGGUGCCGCUAGAUUCCAGAGAGCUGCUGCAGUAAGUCAAAUAUAUCAUGUUUCUGUAAUCAAACUUAGGGAGGGUUUGUCAUUUUGGAGUGCUUAAGGCAAAGCAAGGUGGUUGUUAAAAUGUCCUGGGCCUUAGCUAUGCUUUAUGAUAUUUUAUCUGCAGUAAGUCAAAUAUAUCUUGUUUCUGUAAUCAAACUUAGGGAAGGUUUGUCAUUUUGCAGUGCUGAAGGCAAAGCAAGGUGGUUGUUUAAAUGUCCUGGGCCUUAGCUAUGCUUUAUGAUAUUUUAUCCAAGCGAAAAUCAAAAUUGCGUCUGACUUAGGUUAGUUAUCGUCUGGAUCUUUCCCGUAUCCCCAGACCAACUGAUUCACACUGGCUGAUUGUGUAUUCAGAAUAAAAUUAUAAAAUUCUUUGUUAGAACGUGCGGUCUCCAUGCACACGAACUCUUUAAACUAAUGUAUUUACAACUACAAUAUUAUUACUGUCUAUUUUAAAAAGUAAUGUGUCUUCCUGUAUUUGUUCCGGGGGUACUCUCAACUUUCCCUCGCGCCUUACAAAUAGCCUGCAUGACUGGCGCGAAAAGGGGAGGGGGAGGGGCAGGUAGAAAAACGCCUGGCUUACCAAUCAAUUGCUAAACCUUAAUGGGCCCUUUGCUGCUAACCCAAGAGUCGUAUGUUUUUUUUUUUUUUGUGCUGUCGGGGAAACAACGCAGUUGGACCUUGAAAAAAAAGGAAAUUAAAAAGAAUUAUUUUUUCUUUCCCUGCUGCGUCUCAUGCUCCUUUUGUAUCUGAUGACCUUCCAGCUGCCACCUGGCCCAUGGCUUGACUAACCUAAUUAUGCAACGUUUCAAACCACUCCUGAUUUGGAAAUAUCAAACGUAUUGAGACGUUGCACACGUCGCUUAAAAUCGUUCCAUUGCUGGGAGGAAAAAUAAGAAAAAGAGUGUAAUCCAUAGGUUGCUGUUGUACUGGCUUGCUUAGAGUCAACAUAUGUGUACCACGCAUAUUAGAGGUUGUAUGGCGAACAGUAAACGUAUUCCUCAUAUAAGUUGGAUACUGAUUUGAAAAAAAUAGACUCUUAACUAGUAUUAAGAAAUUCUGAAUGCGCUUGUUAUACAAAGAAGUCAUUUCAACCUUUGUUAAGCAAAGUGGAGUCUCUGAGUGAGAAGUAUAAUCAUUUAAAAUAAAUCUAAGAAUGCGCUUAUAGCUUUUCACUGUUGCGUGUUCCACAAAAAUGCCACACUGAAGAACAAUAAUAAAAGUGUGGUAGAAUGAAUGCCUUGUACAACUUGAGCAUUGUGUCCUCAGAGAUGAUAUUGCGGAACCGUAACAGUACAUUAAAUUGAUUGAUAAAAAUAAAUGCAUAAAUAUAGGUCAAUACCUCCUCCCCACACCUCCGCAUCUCUAGUUUACAGCAGAGGACGCAAAGGGUUUGUUUCGCUGGCAAGCUCUCUAGCAGGCUCGAUACAUACCAUGGUAAUUUUGCCAUCAAUUCAGUUCUUGUACAUUGUAUAUAGCAACUGAUAUAUUAAAAUGGGUUAGGAAGGAAGGUAAACAUGAAGAUCGACACUCGGUGACACUCAAAACUGUGGUUGGAUGAAAGAUUGAAUUGCAAACAAUGCAGGUUGUCACACCGGGCUAUUUUGACCUUUCUAUGACCACUUAUGUUUUAAAAAUAUGACAAUAUUGCAGUCAACCAUUUGUUACAACGUAAUCCUAUAUUGUCUUGUCUACUCAUAAAGCUUUCGGGCGUUCUUUAAAACUCGAGUUCUUGCUAAUGGCCAGGAUAGUUUUCAUGUUCUCCUUACAGUACAAAUACACCUGUAUAGCGGGUCGGAAAGGGGCUUUUCUGUAAACCGUGAACGCCUAUUUUUAAUUGCCGUGAAUCGUGAACGAAAGAAUUUAUUUCUCGUGAUUCGUGAACAAAAGUAAUCCCGUGAUUCGUGAAAUGACUAAUUGCCAACGAGCCAUCCGAGCGAAGACGCUCGGAUGGCGAGGCGGCAGCAGAAUAGAGCCGCGUAAGACUGGGCAAUAGGCAGAAAAAUUCUCGAUCGAGCUGAAAAAAGUGUAACCCAAUGUAAUGUAGAUUCCCCUGAGACCAAGUGGUCAGUUGUGAACCAAUCAAAAGGCAGUACCUGGCGCACGGGCUCAAGCUGAAUAACAAACAAAAUUUCACACACUUCCCGCCGUCGUGACUUCCUGUGUUUAUUUACCUAAAUUUUUUCGUCAAACCCGGCCACCGCAGUCAAGAGACAUGAGCACUUGAUAUAUUCUAUUAAUUUUAGGGGCCAUAAUGUUAAGUUUUAACGAAGAGAAGUUUGUAAAACAGCAAAAGUGUUCUAUGUGCAGCAAGCAAUAUUCGCACCACUAAAAAGGAUCAGAUUACACGAGGAGAUAAGGAAAGCUUGACACGAAGAAUGCAGUCGCUUCUGUUGGAAAAUCUGGUGUUGGGGAAAAAAUCUAACCAGCAAACAAAAAAAAUGAGAACAAAAACGAAUUACAAGCCUAAAGCGAACGACAAAGGAAAAGAAAACAACGCCAUUAUUUUCGAAACCUGGCCGAGUUCAGUAUAAAAAUAAUGAACUAAAAUUAAAUACCGACGUGCCGUAUAUCGAAUGUCCUUGAAAACAUUUCAGAUGGCCCAGCGAAUCAUUCUAAGUUUCAAUCCGAUAACAAAAAGCCUCGGGAAAUUUGAAAGGAGGUUUAAAUGAUUAAACUGUGCAAAUAUUUAUCAACAAUGUGAAACCGAACCGACAGUAGAUUUGUAGCUGGACUUAAUAAUAUUCCCGAUCGCUUCCUCUGCGAAGCUGACUUUAUUCUCUCAAGGCACUUCACACUUUUCCAUAGCAGGUUUGUAAAGCCACCAGACUGAAUCUGAGAACUUUUAAACAAAAUAAUCCUUGCAACAGGAAGGGACCAAGAAACGGUCAAAUGGGAAAAAAAGGAAUUCAAAAUACGCAUGAUUUCCUCGUUGGCACUCUAUCGAUAGGUAUACCUAGUUUAUUUCUCGAGAUUCGUGAGACGUGGUCUAUAAUUAGCUAAUUUUUCGUAAAAUAUUCAACGUAAACUUUCCAGAAAUAUGAUAUAUCAAGGUCGAGUCUGUCAAUCAAAGAUGAACAAAAUGCCACGCUCAUCCUAGACAUGUCUAGACGUCACAUUUUCAAAUGCAGUUGUGAAUUAUUGUAAAUUUAGAAGUUUAGGGCGUGAAAACAAUUAUUUCUUGUGUAUGUGAUAUUCAAAAGUUUUGCAAUACUAUAUGGGCGACAAAUAAAAUCAAACGCUGAAUUUUGCGUGAUUCGAGAAAAGCCUGUUUUAAUUCCCGUGAACCGUGAAAUUUCGAUUUAAAUCCCUUUGAACCGUACACGACACGCCCCCCUCCCUUUCAGACCCUCUUCCGUAUACACAAUCAUAUACUCUACAUGAAAAAGACCUCACGUCACGCAUAAGGGAGCAUUCAGCUGUCUUUUUAGACCUCGAGAGUGAUUAGUUUCUUAUCAAGAGAUAGCUCAUUCUCUCUUGUUUCUUAUGCGUUCUUUUUGGAGGACGUCUAACACCGUGACUAUUUUAAAGCAGCUAGUAGUUAUGGUUACAACUUUGUCAUGCGCUGUAACAGAGCAGGUAUAGUUAAACAGCUUAAACAAAUCCUCUUUUCUAAAGUACACAUAUUGUUGUUUUGAGUUGGUUCAUCAUGGGUUUAGAGAUAUGAGACUAUUAUUUGAAUGUUGGUAAAAGUAUAACUAAGCCCGUGAACAUGAUGCUGGAGGCCUUAUACCCUUGGUCGGAAUUGCUUGAAGAAUGAUAAGAACUGGAAAUAUAAUCCCCGAGCGAAUAACCAGCCCAUUUUUAACUUUCCGAUAACGCUAUACCCUAAUUUAAACCUCUCCUUUUCGAGUUUCGCGGGCCUUGGAGCCCCUUCCCAGGAUGAAACUCACGAUUUCUUUGUAAAAUUGGCCUCACUCCAAGCUAUAUGGGAGUUGGCUGACUUCGUUUUCACAUACAGUAGAAAUCCUAACACCUCAGGCCUCUCGCAUUAACAGCCGCUCUCCACUGAGAAUCUCCAAAGUCUUUUUUUAAGUGACUACUUUCUAGGGAGAUUGUAUUAAGGACGAAAUAUUUCCUUGCCGUAGUACUGAAAGUGCAAGGCUGAUUGAUGACCCAGACAGACCUUGCUUUCUGACUUAGCCGCCUCCCAAUGCUUCCCGCAGUUUAACGUACGGGCAAUAGUUUCGAUCAUUUUUGGCCCGGGCAAAAACAACCAAGUCAAAGAAGAGACAGUGCUUCUUUAAUAGUUCUUUUUUUAACCAUUUUUCAAACAUCACAAGUUACAUACAUUUCAUUUCUUUUUCAGCCAUCUUUAGCAAAAGUGAACACUACAGAGCGUUUGGCAGAGCUGCGAAAAUUAAUGCAGAGAGAAGGAGUUCAGGCGUACAUCGUUCCAUCGGUCGAUCAACACAUGGUAAUUUAAGCCACAUUCACACGGCUCCUGACGAAUUUUCGACCGUUUGAAAAUAUGUGCUAUUAGUUGUUCCGUUCACACUGAACCACCUUAACUGUGAAAAAUUUAGACGCCUAGCCGUUCAAAGUUCCAUAUGAACAGAGAGAAAAAUUUAAUUAAACGAUCUCGUGUGAACGAAAGUGUCCGGUCAAAUUUUUCAACCGGUCGAAAAUUUGUGCGGUACCAUGUGACGGCAUAGCUUUCCUCAUUCCCAGACGCCACGUGAAGCGCGGUUAAUAGAAGCGUAGAGCUUCAUACCUCACAUUAUCCUUCCCACACGUCAACACGCGCAUCGCUUGAGAGUAAUGAGAAAUGCUUAGUGACGAGGUGUGAGGCUUGUUUUUAUAUAUGUAUAUUUUGCACCGCAUACCGACUUGUUUGCAUGUGAAACAAAGUAGCUAUAAAUUAGUUAUCGCACCAAAGAGUUAAUUUAAAAGUUAAUUAUAUCUGAUGAGAACUAAUGUUAUUUUGGUGUGUUUUCUCUGAACACAGAGUGAAUAUGUCGCUCCACAUUUUCAACGCCGCCAGUAUAUAUCCGGUUUUACAGGCUCCAACGGCAAGUCAUAGCUUUCUGUUUUAAGUUGUAUUCUCUGAAAAGUUGCCUUUCUGGAUCUGUAAAAAGUAUUGAAGUUACUCGUUAUUCUCAUUUCCCAAGAUUUACUGUACUCUCUGAUAACCUCUCAGGGUGGUGGAAAGAAGCAUUCCUAGGCGAUAUAUCCCGCCAGCCAUGCAGGCUAACUCUACAGUCAAAUACCAAAAGCCCAAAAAUGGCCAGUUUAUAAAUCAGUUCUGCUUUAUUCCUCGUAGGUGACGCAGUGAUUACUAUGAACAAGGCUGGCAUGUGGACAGAUGGUCGGUAUUUUCUUCAAGCCGAGAUGCAAAUGGACGAUAACUGGACAUUAAUGAAGAUGGGUUGGAUAUUUCUUACGUCUCGCUAUAUAUUCUCCUUUCUAUUAAAUAACCAGUAAAAAAUGUAACUUAUGUAGUAAGACGAGGUUAUUUUAGAAGAGCACUAACACUAUCCAGGGACAAUACCUCCUGAAUAAGUGAGAACUUAAACGUGCUAGGUGUACGUUUAACUUCUCCUACCAUUAAAAAGUUCGUAACACCAAUCAGAAGGAUGAACUUUGAUACAUGUAAUUGUUAUCUAUGUUGUACCAACCAAGCUAGGGGCCAGGCAAGCUCUAAGUUUUCAAGAAUAAAUAAAGUAUGAGUAUGAGUUUACUUUCGAAAUGAUGAGGCCAAAAAAGCCCCAGUGAUAUGCAGUCGUAAAAAAAAAUACUCCUUCGUAACCUUACUGCUGAUUUUCUAUUCCACCUAUACUGCCCUUUGACUGCUCUGUUAAGCUGGACGUGCCCUUAGUAAAACUUGUUGCAGUCAAAGAAUGUCAUACUAGAAUUAUUAAUUGCAAAUCAAUUUUUUUAGGUACUCCUGUCACUCCAACCCAAGCUGAGUGGCUGGCAAAGGUCAGAUGAAUUUCUCAUUGGGGGUAUUGCCUACUAGCAGAGGCUUCUUUUCCCUGGUAUUCUUCGGGCGGGAGGAAAAGCCCUCUGAAUACCAGGGAAAAGGGGCCUUUGCUGAUGCAACCUGGUCCCGGGGCCUAACUUCCCUUGAAAAGUUUCAAGGGAAUGGCUCCAGGAACCUGGGGUCUGUUUCUCGAAAGUCCCGGUAACUUCUCGGGCCGAAGGCAAUUUUUAAAAUCAAAACCUUUUGAAUAGUAGCACAGUUGCUAGCUCACAAGCUGGUCGAUUUUACUUCGUUAAACUGAUAGCCGUUUCAUUGUAUCAUUUUCAAAAUUUUCGAAACUUCGAUCUUUAAUGGAAACACGGCAAACAUAAAACAACUUUUCGGGCACGAAAAGUUCCCGGGACUUUCGAGAAACAGACCCCAGACUGGUGACCGGCUUAUUUCUCUUGUUUUGUACAACUUUGGGCUAAAGGCACUUCCAGGGUUACAACACUGAUCUUAAAGAACAGCUGAGAUUUGGUGGGCUUUCUUAGCAAAUUAAUUUUCACUAAUGCUUUAUGCAUGUACCCUCUAACAUGGGAAGUAUUUACUUACUUUAGUAACCUCCCUAUUUUUCAUUAGGCACUCUCUAGCGGCCAGACAGUUGGCGUUGAUGGCCGUCUCAUGUCCAUCAGUAAGUACAUACAAGAAAAAAUGUAAUAUUCAGCGUGUCAGAGUCCGUUUUUUCGGCAUAGGAAUUUAUGUCUUGCCGAAACCUUUUCCCCCCUGCCCACCAAAAAAAACAGUAAGUGACGCCAUUUUCACUUGUACCAGAUGACCUUCAGUUCCCUCAGGUUGAAAAUCAUACAGUAAAGACCAUUAAUGUACACAUAAAGUGCCAGCAGUUUUGCAAGAUUUGUGACAUUUCUAGGGAGUGCGACUUCGACGGCGUCGGAAACGUUUGUGUUUUUUUUUUUUCAAUCUUCAUAGCGGUUAUUCCAACUCACUUACUUUCUCAACUGAAGGCGAACUCUCCUGGAGCUGAAAUCCCCAGUUCAGAAACAGGAAGAAAAUUUCGUCGCCGUUUGUUUACGUCCUCCAUAUAACGUGAAAUUAAGCGUCCUUACGUUGUAGUUGUGCAGUGAUGGCAAAAGGAAUGUACAAAAAAGUGUGCUACACUUGCAAAGUUGUUGUUCUGCUCAUUAACUUAAAGCCUGCCAACUGCAUGCUUUCCUGACGUGGUUGCCGUCAUACUCUCUUUGUGUCUGACGCUCCUUGUAAACGUUUUACUUUGUACUGGGUUGGGCUGUGUCGAUCCCUUCGAACGUGAAUUGACAACAUGAUCGGACCGGGAGUAUGCCGGCUGAUCUACGCAUCCUGGCGCAUGCUUCUGGUUCGGAAACCUCCACGCGUUGAGGAACUAUCUGACUGAAAAGAACUUACUUUAAUUAAUACUAAGGAGACCAGGAAAGGUGGACAAAUAUGAACAAAAUAAUGCCUCCAUUAAAUGUUGUAAGUAUAGGUUGUGAUUACAAUGAGCGCUUUAACUAUCGUUCAUUUCAAUCUUAAACUUUUGCAGCUGCCUUUGAGAGCAUGUCUCAGGUGAGGAAAUGUCAGCUAUAUUUUUAUAACUGGAUCGCAUUCAAUUUCCAAAAUAUUUGCAAACCCUAGUUUUAUUUUCACCGCAAGAAAUUAUUUUAUAGUAAAUUUCUUGGAAGUUUUAGAAGUAAUUUUUUAAGGACAAGUUGCAUCAAAGAGCACUUCAUUAUAUUGUUGUAGUUACAAAUAAGAAGACACAGUAGCGCCGUUUAUACGAGGAAAACUAACCCCUUGUCUUAUAUAAGACGCGUCCUAAAUAAGAGGUAAACUAUCCAGCAUAAACGGCACAUUCCGUUUGAAAUUUAGCGAAGACGCGUCUUAUCUAAGAACAGCCCCUAACACCUGUUCUUCGGUAAGACGCGUCUUUCACGUCUUAGCUAAGUCGCGUCUUAAUGUGCCGUUCAUAGGCGACAGGUUUCUUCUUAUUUAUAUUAGGACGCGUCUAAUGAAAUACGUCUUAGUUUUCCUCGUAUAAAUAGCCCUAAUGUCUUUAAUUUAUAAUGACCAUCAAAAGUCCAUCGGAUCCUGAAGAAAUUCUCCAACGAUUGCAAAGCGUAUGCACGUGUAAGCAGUUGGUGACGGGUGAAUUUAGGGAAUAUUUUCACGAGUUUACCAUGUGAUUAGCUAUUAAUACAAAAUCACGGGUGACAAAUUAGGCUCACAAGUCAAUCGUGUAUUUUUUUUGUAAUUACUUGUUUAUGACGAAUCGAGAACCCCACACACUGAAACGUUUGGAGCGUAAAUUUUGGCUUAAGUUGACAAGUUUUUAAUUUUUCGACAAAAUACCUGUUAGAAUCCUUCUCGAUGUGCUCUUUCGUCUGGUUAGGUUUUCUAAAUCGUCUUUUAAUGCUCUGACGUCUUCAUUCAUAACAUUUUAAAAUUUGGACGCAAUCUUGGCUCUGAGACGUACGAAACUUUGCCACCAGAUUGCAAUUUUGUAAUUUCACAUGUUAAGGCUAUUAUACUACUACGUGAGAAAUUUCUGCAAUUUGAUUGGCUUAGAGCAGUGGUAUUUCAGCUUAAUUUGAAAUAACUACAAGUGAAAAUUACAAACCUUUAGUGUGUAGUAGUAUAAACAAAUAAUAGCAAGAUUUGUACGUUAUAUUUUUGAAAUAUCACUCGUGGUAUUUAUGCCAAAUAUCACUACAAAUCAUGCUAUUACCUAUAAAACUUUCGCGCCAAAAUUAAAGGAUUCAGAAUCUGUCACCCAUGUUAUUAUGCAUUUUUAAUAUUGUUAGCUGCCAUGCUGGAUCUAGUCGUCUUACGUCAAAUUGGCGGGAAAAUCACAAACUCGUUCCCAAGGUAUUAGACUGGGAAACUCAAAACGAGAAACAAUUACCCGAACGAAACUCGAUAACGUACUGAAUAUGUAAAGCAAAAUACAUUUAAUCGUUCGAAAAAUACUAAUUAAAGUUUCGUAUGAUUUGCUUUUAGGAGCUCCAAAAGUCAAGUAUAACGUUGAAAUCUGUUGGCGAGAACCUGGUUGACGAAAUAUGGACCGCUGGUAGACCGCCUUUGAGUAAUGCUACCAUAUUUCCUCUGGAAAUGAAAUUCACAGGUUUGUGCUAAUACUAAAAACGCCAGACACACCAAACGGAGCCUAGCAGUUGAAUGGUAUCGGAAGCUCGUUAGGUGUGUCAAUAAAUUUAAAACAUGUCCUUGAACUUCACGAGUUUUCGGUGCACAAAAUUUUCCCACUGGAGGCAAACUCACGCAUGCGUAUAUCCAUCUGGGAUCUGGAAUACCGUAUAAGGGUAAUUUCUGCGGCACAAAUACUCAACGCGUUGAUGAACAGACUCCAUCCCAUUCCAUCCAUUCCUAGACUGCGAGCAGUAUCUUAUCACAGUACUUUGAGAGCACACGUGAAGAGCGAGCGGAGAAGCCGCGAGGAACGAGAGUGGAAACUCUCCCUCCAUCCGAAUCUCUCUUCCUUUUUACCAUUAAUUUGCAUUAUUUUACUUUUUCGCUCCCCGCGCGUGGCCCUGAGGCAAAAAAAGAACGAGCCACCAUUCGCGGUCUAAGUCAUUUCUUAGGCUUUUUAAAAUAGAAAGAAAGAAAGAAAAUCUGUGAAAUUGCAUAUUAUUGACUUUCUGGGUAGAACUGACUUGUUCCAUACUUGAUAUAACCGCAUGAUAUUUCUGUGUUCUUGUGUUGGUGUUUAUAUUUAUAUUUGCAUCUGCUGGCAUUGGCAGCGUUUUUAAGUGGAGUUGUUUGAUAUCACGUAAUGCAGUACCAAGAGCCACAUAUAAUGGGACCUUUAUUUUUUAAAAAAUUGUAUUAAAUUGACAGACUGAUUAGCUGUCGUCAUUUUGGGAAAAACAAUUUCACUUUUCCCUUAAAGUUGCUGGAAAGAAUAUUGAUGAUUCUUUAAAUUUACACGUAGAGCGAAUGCAUUGAAUUUUUUUUUCCGUUUUCAAUUAUUGCACAGGCAAAAGCUCGCAGGACAAAAUAAAAGAGCUUCGCCAUGAAAUGUCCGCAAACCAGGCCUCUGCUGUGGUUGUUUACAAACUUGACGAAGUUGCUUGUAAGUAAAUUUCUUUGUUUGUUUGUUUUUCUUUUUUGGCUUUCUGCAAUGUCAAUUCGGCAUCAGGAUACGAUUUCCGUUCGGACAAAGUUUAUUGGCUGUCCUACAAAGGAAGUAACUCUUAUCAGUACUUUGAACUUUUUGCUUAAACUGGACACUGUUGGGAACCACUUCGCGAGUGACUUAGAGGACCUCUGUAUCAUUCCCCAGCAAAGCUGGAGCGAAAUGAGAGAAACGGACUUCAAGUGUAAAUUUUACUGCUUACUUAGAAGUCAAAUUGGCUAAGGCCACUAUGUUUUGAAUGAUUUUGCUUCUUUCCUUUAGAUUUAAACUACAAAUUGAUAAAAGAAAAGCUUUUUUUUAUUGACAAGAUCUUGACCAUCCAUUUGAAAAAAAUAUAUAGACGAUCCACAGAUUGAGAUAGACGUGAAAAACAGCGGACCGCAGUUUUGCAAGUUUACGUAAAAGCUGUUCGCGCUUCCUUUUGGCUUUUCUUCACUGAGAAUUCCGUUUUCAUCGUUUAGAAUUGCAUGACGUGCCUUGAUUGUUAUUCACAAUAUCGCUGUUAGCCUUGGACCAGGCCCCAGGCCCCCAAAAAGUAUCCUCGUCCCAGGCUAUAUCACUUUAAGUCUCGCGUCAGUUAUAUUUGAACUUUCAAAGUUACAUACACGUGUAGUAAAAUUUAAUUUAUUUUUUUUCUGCCUUGUAGGGCUGUUGAACUUAAGAGGAGAUGAUGUGCCCUUCAAUCCUUUCUUUUUUGCCUUUGUCAUUGUCGCUGCAAGCGAUGUAAAGUAAGUACUUUUGCUUGGGCAAGCGAUAAACAGAUUUUUCUUUACUGCUUGCAUCCAUAACUUGCAUUUCAGUCGAUUGCCUAGGGAACACAUGAAAAUUCAUGGAAAUACUGAACGGUAGCUUAGCCUAUAAAUACGCCUGAAUUUCAGGCUAACCCAUCCACUCUUCUGUGAAAGGGUUGUUUUACUGACGUAAAUAGCUUGUCCCACAGCGAGUCAGUUAGUCCGUUGUUCGGUCAGUAAACUCGCCAGUCACUUACCUAGUACUGACGUAAUAUCUAGUACGGCCACUUUUUCGUUUUUAUCAUCGGCCAAAUUUAACGUAUAAUUUAUCCUUUCCUGACAGAGUUUACGUCGAUGAUGCAAAGUUAACUGAUAAAGCGAAGGAACAUCUGAGCUCCGCUAAAGUGUUCCCUUACAACACUACCAAGUUUAUUGACGAUAUUAAAGCAGAAGGAACUAAACAGAGCGCAAAAAUUUGGGUAAACUUUACGAACCUUAUAGUCGUCGGUUAUUAGCAUAGCCUCCCACGCAGAAAUUUUGGGAGAAGGAACGCUGCAUGACGGAAUUUCUAAGAACGUCUGCCUAGGAAGCUAUAUUUAGCAGGGAUUUUCAAACAGCUUACAAACUAAGUAAAACGGGUACGUAGCAGUCCUGUCAUUGACAACGAGGGCCUGGAAAAAAAGCUUUACAGGAAGUAGACAAGAUACGGCCGAUAUUAAGUCUCGCGGCUUUCGUUCGGCAGAGCUUACAGCUCUACUAAAUGAAUUAACUGUACGGUGGUCGAUGAUGCAAAGCAGAAAUUCGCUUUUUAGGUAACAGGCAGACGCUUUUAUCGACGCAUGUCAACCGGAUGUGGAAGUUUUGCAUCCUUGGCAGGAGCCGCUCCUGAUCCUUGGGCACUGAUUUUACGCAAAUUUUCUGAAAAAUGUCUUUAUUUUCAAGUACGUGCGAGCAGUCAAACAAAAGGUCUGAAAAGAGGCUGAAAUCAGAGAGCGAGACUGGGGAGAGACAGUUUGUUUUCUCUUGCCUAGGGCGCGUGAGGCUCGCGCGCUUCGCGCGCGUAAGACUAUUACGCGACGCUUUACCGAUUUCUUUACUGAUUUUGAGAAAAAAAACCGACUGUUUUGCAGUCUACUGUAAAAGUUGCCUUACGAAUUAUUUUCUUUGUAAAUUUAAACAGUUGAGCCAGUAUGCAAGUUAUGCCAUGAAAGAAGCAGUACCACAGGUAGGAAACUAAUGUUUUAAAAAACACUUCAGAAACACUCUUCGCGAGUGGUUGACGCUUCCGAAUCAAUAAAUUGUAUGAACGAUUGAAGAUUCAGCUGUUUGGACCGGAUAGUACGCAGCUUUCUAGCGUUUGGACAUGAUUUUAUCUUUAUCACCGACAAUUUCGUCAAAGUUUCACACAUCUUUUAGAAGCGUCCGGAUCCCUUCAUCAGUGACCAGUUUGCCAUUAUUCGCAGCCUCGUUUUGAUGUGGUAAAAAUUGUUCCAUAAAUUGGGAGGAAGAUGGUAGCCCCGAACACACCGGGUUCAUUGCCGAUCGCCGUGUAUGACUGCUUAUUAUAUGGCCUCUUAUAUCUUGCGUGAAGGCAGAUGUUUUCCUGGCCAGUAAUUGUUACACUGGCCCAGUCUAUGGUGUGACUUACGUCCUAAUAGCCUGUUGAGACACAGCAGACAUGAGAUAACAGACUUGUACCGAUUUCCGGUGUUCAUUUAGUCUAGUGCCCAGUUCCCCUCUCUUCUACCGAUGUACUCUAACUCACAACACCUCACGUACUUUUGAUAUUGUAAAUGUCCCCACAUUUCUCCCCAACCACGAACUCAUCCAAGCUGUAUUAUAUUAUACUUGGGCGAAAAAGAGAAACGUUACAUGAUGGUCAAGGAGGAAACAAACACUAGGUUUUAUCACGUUACUUCCAAACAACACAUAGCUUUUGUGUAUAAUCAGAAGCUUUCUGAUACUGAUAUUGUAGAUUCAUUUGGAAGAAUGGCUAUUAAUUUUGACUUUGUUCUUAAUAACGUACAGGGAAAGUUGCUUUCAAAGGACUCUCCCAUAGCACUGCCAAAAUCGGUUAAAAAUCCUACGGAAAUCGAGGGAAUGAAGAAAGCUCAUGUAAGUAUAAUGUAUAUCUCUUUAAUAAUCAAAUCGAAGGUUCUUUGUUCGUGAACGUGAAGAGUUAACCGUUUUUAGUAAGUCUAGAAUUUGUAAAAAUUGUUUUGAAUUAGUGAGCAUCUCAGUCCAUCAGGGGAGCAUUCGUUGAUAACAUUUUUUUCUAGAACGGCUUGGGAAAAUGUUUUGGGGAGUAUUCUGUCGUUUUGGUUUUAAUGAUUUGUGACUUUUGUGAAAUAAAGAGAACUUUACCGGUUACCUGCUGCGUAACAUGAGAGACAAAAUACGAUGUAAUUCGUAUUAAAACUGUGAGUUAUUUCUUUGUGAUCGUAGCUCAAAGAUAGCACGGCAAUGGUGGAAUUCUUCUACUGGCUGAAAAAUGAGGUGGGAUGAGAUUUUUAUUUGAAUUUUCUUUUUCUUUUUUUCUUACGUUUAUCUUAGGGUGUUUGACAGAUUUUUGGAAAAUCUUUUCUCCCUCACAGUGGGGCCCAAAAAUGCCAUGUCCGUUAGAAUUGAUGACACCACAAGUGGAACAAGUGACGUCGUGUCACACGAGGUGGCGGCGGUGGAAACAAGAUUGCGUUAACAGUACAGUUGAUGCACUCAUGACCGACUCUUAAAGUGGACUAGUAAAAAUCACAUUUGUAAAAUAAAAAUUGCCGUCUUGACCGUUAGAAAUAACUGAGCGCCAUUGAUAGAAGCUUUAAGACUGGGAUUAAGAUUGGGUGAAGUUAAAAUUUAAACAUUGUUAUUUAUUCCCAAGGUUCCUAAAGGAAGUAAAGAUCUUACAGAAAUGUCAGCAGCAGCAAAACUGGAGGAAUUUAAAAGGUGAGCCUUAAAAACGCGCCUCGAGAGAAUAGACCUGUUUAAACACUAACAGAAAUCGAGAGUAAUCAGGCAGUUUUUAGGGAUUUUUUCGUCUUGCAUUGACGCAAAAUCGUUAACGUUAAAUAAGUUUCAACUCGGGUUUGGCUUGAGUGUGGUCGAAAAAUACUUUUCUAUUGGGAGGAUAGCCUGAGUAUCCUUUGAUUAAUGCGGGUUUCAAAGAUGCCAAUUCGGCAAAAGAACCGCUGUCUAUUUACUAUAGACUGUUAUAAAAAAUUUGUGAAGAGUGAUGCUAACUAACAAUGUUGCUAAUGUGUGUUUCUCCGUCCAUUUUUUUUUUUUUCAUUCAGCAAGCAGGAUUUGUACAUGGGAGCAAGUUUUGACACUAUCGCUGGGUUUGGCCCUAAUGGAGCUAUUAUACAUUACAGGUGAAAAUCAUUCGAACACGUGUAACUGUCCGGCGGGUAAUUAUAUAACCCAUACCUAAUCUUGCGCCCAUCCCUCCCGCGGUCAGGCCAAACCUACAGACAGAUGCCAGUGACAUCUGGGUGCGAAAGUGACCAAACCAGGAGCGUGAACUCGAAGAGAUACAUACACACCUUAUCCUUAGCCCUGGCAAGUGGCUACAACACUUACUCAACAAAAAGUCCUGUCCUACAACGUUAAGGCGUCCAAGGAGCUACUGCAACGAAGGCAGCAAGAACGGCAUGAACAAAAUAGUAAUUAAAUUUAAAAUGUUUAUUUGUGAUUAAGUGAAAACAGGGGAAUUCGGGGUUGGAAUUGGUACAAGUUUCUUUCUAUUAAUAUCCUUUCCGCUUAUUUUAUUUGCAGGCCAGAAGAACACUCGAACUUACAGAUAACCGAUAAAAGCACUUUCCUUGUUGACAGUGGAUCACAGUUUAAGUGAGUUUUCAGUAAUCAUUUCGUCAUGGUACAGAAUGUGUAAGUUAAGAUUUCUACAUUUGAAGUUAUUCUGGAUUUAACCGCGAAACAUACCCGCUGCGCGGAGUGAAAUCCCUCUCAAGCCACAAGUGGUAACUCAGGCAAGAUAUAAAACGAGCUUAAGAGACUGUACCAUUUUUGGGUUGUAGAACUAAAGGUAGCACUUUUUAUCAAGGCCCCCAACGCAGACGCUGAUAUAAACUUCGUCAUGCGUGUCCCCGCCACCAAUCCCGGUGGGAGCAACACCUCACGCAGCCAUUAUCAGGAAACCUUGGGUAAACCAGGCUUACCAAGCUUUUAACCCAGGCCUACCAGGAAAUGCUGAGAGUACCAGGCUAUCCAAGCGUUUCUGGUUUCGAUUUUCCAGUUGAAAACUGAAAACUUCAACCAGGCUUACCUUGAAAACUUGAUAAAGCCAGGCUUUGAAGUUUAGUUAACUUGGAAAGUCUGGUUCUAUCAUUGUUUACCAGGCUUACCAGGCUUUUAACCAGACAGUGCAAGCGGUCAGAACGUUCACGUGGGGGGCUACUUGUUCGGAGUUAGUAGGGAAUCCACACACACUUUUAUACCAUUGAAGACCAUUGAUCAAAUUUCUUCAAAAAGAACAUAUUACGUGCAUAGGUAACUUGUAAUUAGAUAUUGACGUCUUUUCUAAACUACAUCAAAGGGAUGGAACUACAGACACAACUCGCACGGUCCAUUUUGGAACACCGACAGAAGAGCAAAAGGUAAAUCACAAUUAUUUUACCACGCUUAUCUCAUUAGUUCCAUCCUAUCAGUUAGGUGUUGAUGAGUUUGAAGUAACAGAGAGGUUUAGAAUCACGUUAACGUCAAACAGAAAACGCCCGAUUCGGGUUGACAAUUUCUUAAAUUAGCACAAUGAGCAGAUGUACAUUUUGUAAAACUGGCAUGCAACUACUUAUACAAUAAACGAAAAAUAAAGGGGCGUCAAACAAGAGUCAGAGUGUUUCAUCCGAAAUCCAUAGACUGAGAAGUGGGCUGAAAUAACCAGAGGAAAAGCCGAGUUUUCAGGACUGACUUUGAGAUGUCUGGAUGUCUGAUAAAACACUGAUUAAAGUGCUUGAUUAAAAAGCUAUUCAAAUGAACAAUAAUUCUUCGAGAAAGUAAAAGGCCAGUGAUGAAAUAUUAACAAGCUUUUGAAAAAUACCGUAACUAAAAUAUUGCAUUGUCUCUUUCUUGCAUUCAGGAUGCUUACACGCGUGUUUUAAAAGGUCAGAUUGAUCUCGCACUGACUGUAUUCCCAAAUACUACGCAAGGUACGUAGUAAGAAUUAAAAGAAUAAGAUGUAUAAGCUAAUACAACGUUUUUAAGCUCCGCGUGCAAGUGUAACCAACAUUUUGAAUCAACAAGAUUGUUUUGUUGUUAUUGGUAGGUCGUUUCCUGGAUCCUAUUGCUCGCAAAGAAUUGUGGAGAAAUGGACUGGACUACAGGCACGGGACUGGUCAUGGUAUUGGCAUGUUUCUUAGCGUACAUGAAGGUGAGUUCAAAAUCUUUACAAAAUGGGGGUCCAUAGAGUGAAAUAUUUAUUAAGAGCUAGAGGCUGAUUGGGGUGAUUUACCACAGAAAAAAUGCACUUGCAUGAAUCAUGAUGAGAUAAGGUGAACGCGAUACCAUAUGUUAUGCGAUAUGACGUGACGCGAUGCAACCCUUCCCAGCCUUACACCUUUUGGUGACUUGCUGAUCCAGUAACAACAUCUUACCUAACUUAAUCAUGUUGCUUGGUUACUUUUGUUGCUCAAUUACCAAGUUUUUUCAUCGUUCUGUAGGUCCACAGAGAAUUGCGGGUGGUUGUCCUAAAUCUUAUGAAAGGCCAAUCGUUCCUGGAAUGUUCCAGUCCGAUGGUAAGCUUAUGAGGGUUCAAGCCCAAACUAACUGCACCUUGUCUCUUCCUAAUCAAGGGAGAAACGCCUGGAUUGUGCACGCGGCAAGGCUCGUCUGAAACUUCGGUAUUUUUCAUCUUUGGGUUCCAAAACAGUAAAUUUCAUAGUUCAAUAGAUUUUUAUAAAGAAACCUCCUUUUAAAUUGUAUUUUAUCACCUAAUUAACUUGUACCACGAGUUUGUAAUUAGUACAAAUAAGAAAUAUAUAUCGAUGGUCUACUUUUAUCGUAAAUGAAUCAAACUAUUUAUCCUGUUUUUAGUCCAUCCACCUUGUGCCUGCAGGGUGUUCACUAGGUAUCGGAGAUCGGAGAAUUCUCCGUUUACUUUGAAAAAUUCUCCGGCUAACGUUCGGUAGCCUGUGACUUUUUUUAUUCAGAUGAGGAGCUUCUUUAAUAAUAUUCUCCUGUAACGUUACACCUUGCUCCUGCAUGCUACUAGAAUCCUUAAUAAAAACCCUGCUCACCCGGAGAACAACAUUAAAAAACAACAACAACAACGUGUAAAAGUGAAGUCUGAUUAUUUUUGCUACUUGCUUUUACACAGAACCCGGGUAUUAUAAGGAUGGUAGUUUCGGAGUGAGAUUGGAAAAUAUAGUUCUUGCUGUGCCUGCUAAAACUGAGGUGAGAAUUUAUUGUCGGCUAGCGUCAAAUUAUCGGUGUGCUAUCCUCUCAGUAUAUUUACUUUUUUUGCCGUGACCGGCACGAAAAAAGUUUUCAAAACAAUAGGCUCUUUCAUCUGUUGAAAAAUGGCUUUUUCAAAACUAAGUUUAAACCUGUAAUAAUGAAGAUCAUUUAAAAAUUUUAAAAUACAAUGUCUGAAUAAAGUAUACAUUAAAAUAAAUGAAAAUGCAUAAACAUUAAUUGAAAGUAAAGUUUCUGAAAACAAAUGGCUAUCUGCAGCAGAUAUUGCAUUUAUCAUGUCAUUAUAAUUGACCAUCCAAAUCCAAUGGCUGAGUGAAAUGCAGUGGAAAGGCUGGACCUGUUGAGCCAGACAAAUCAAGUCUGUGGAUUUGGAUUUGUUUCUUUAGACUCAGUUAUUUUGAUCGUACUGACUUGCAAUUGUUUGCCAUUUUCAUGGCCAAGAAAUUGGUUGGUCCACGGUGUGUGCAAAUAGUAAGCAAAAGGUUAGUUAGCCAAAUAUCAUGCAGUAUUGUGAAAUGUUUAGUGUACUAGUGCUUGGAUAUACGUUGUGUUUCAAAUUAACAGGACUUAGGAAAUGGGCACUUGUAAGCACUGAAAACACCUGCCUUUUCACACUUGCUCGAGGUCAUUUACUCGAGGUCGACACUUCAGAGACAUAUCUCAUUACAAUUGCUGAAAAUAACAUUUCGGAGCCUCCAAAGGCUUGAAAAUUUUCUGGGGGAGGAUACCCCCACACCCCCCUACAAGGCUCCCCUACAAGGCUCGUGCCUUCGGCACUCGCCAUAAUGCCUCACCGUUACAAAUCACCUAGCUACGGCCCUGUGAUUAUCUUCUGUACCCUAGUGGCACAGGUUCCUGAAUGAAAUUAGCCAUGCGUCUAUCUUCGCAAAGAUAAUGAGCAAAGUACAAGCCAAGUGUUAUGCACGCUAUGAUACUGAAUCAUAACCAGAAUCAGAACUGAGUUUUAUUAUCCAUUAUUUUCUCAGAACACAUUUAAUGAUGUGGAAUACGUGACAUUUGAAUCAGUGUCCCUUGUAAGUAGACAAAAUUUUGAAAAUAAGAAUUGGUUGGUUGGUAGUAAUAUGCAAAGUAAUAGGCUGUUAAUCUUAUACCCGGAUCCCGGCGUGCGUGUUAUUUCGGGGAGGUGGUUAUGUGUUUGAUGGAUCGAGAUUAGUUGAGUUGACGAGAUCAGUUAAGAAGUUAUCUUUCCUUUUCGAGAUAUUAAGCUCUCACUUAAACCUGAACACCCUCACCCUUUUUAUAGGUUUUUCAGACUCAUUAAUAAAAGUGUGGUGGCAGGGUAUUGAAAAUUAAGUAUAACUUCUUCAACCAAUUAAUUUUAAGAUCAGUAAAAGCGCAGUUGGUCAGUCCAUUGGACAGAAAGGGAAAGAAGCAAAAGUAGAGCAAGAAAAACGCAGAUGGACAACGAAACGUAACUUAUUUCAAGGCUCCCUCACUUCGUUGCUUGAUUCCACUUCUGCCACGUGCAUGACUACAUGACCAGCUCCAAUUACCAAGUCUGAAGUGUCAAAUCUAGUGGCGAACGUAUUAGUUCUUUCGCUUGCACUACGUCAAGACUUGUGCCGCAUGAAGAAAACUGAGAGUAACUCGGGGAAAUUUAACCUAUCACCAAGGAGAACCAAAAUACAUUGUUUAAGAGGACAUUAUUUUGUUUCUCUCUUUUUUUCAAAUCUGUCAGAUGUUGUGACGGGUUUCUAGCCGAAAAGCCCAUAGGGUUUUAUUGAGAGCUCUUGCUCCACUCGAUGGUCCAUAAGAAUAUCAUAUCAUGAUCGUGUUUAAGAGGGAUGACCGGUUGAUUGAUUGAUUGAUUUAGGAUAAUGCAGUAUAGCUACUACAUUUGAAAAUUAGGCCUCUUGGUACCAGCAUGGCUGGCUCACUUUUAUUUGGUUGACUUUUUUACGGCAGGUGCCAUACUGGAAGAAUCUGAUCAACCUGGACAUCAUGACUUCCACGGAGGUAUCAAUAAAACAUGUGGUAGCAGACACAUUAUUGUUCUUGUAUGGCUACAAUAAAAAGCGCGCUCUGAUUGGCUGUUUUCUUCUAAUGACCGGGCACUACUAGCUAGGUGCCCGAGGCAAAUACAAUCUGUGUUUAACUUGAUAGUGAAUAUGGUCAAUUGACAGCUGUCAAAAAGGUAUCCACUGACCAGUGUCACCUGACCAUAUCGCGGGCUCAAGUGUACAACUCAUUGAGGUCACUUGUUUUUUAAAAAGUUAUCCGCUGACCAGUUAUUGGUUUUAAUUCAUCUCUGGAUCAGGUCCAUAAUGAAAUUAGCUAUUCAAACCUCGGCCUUGAUGUAUUGACCUCGCGAUCGUUGUUAAAUACAUCAAGGCCUCAGUCUGAGAUUUCAGCCUCGGUUAAUAAGUAGUAUGUAAUCUUAAUUUAGAGGGGCUAUGUCACGGGGAUGGCUUGGUCAAUUCUGUGCUGAAGUCAUUACUUAGUCCCGGGCUUUACGCGGCAAACAUAAAAUGCUCCUAUUGCUGGUUUUCAGUGUCAUGCCAUUCAAAAUAGAUCGAAAUAAAAAUCAAAACCGUUCAAUAGAUAAAGUCUAGAAUCUGAGAAAUUAAAUGGAGGUAAAUAUGCAACGACUCUCGCCAAGAUUCAGGUCGGAGGAAUUUUUCGUAUACGAGAUAUCCCCGGUGCUCACCUGGAUGAGCUCCAACAUGGCGGACCGAAACCAACAGAAACAUCUGUUACCGAGUUUUGCUACAAAAGUGUGAAUUCAUUCUGUGAAGAGAUAAUUUAUUGUUAUUCAGUUAUUUUGCUUUCGCUGAUAAAAAUAUGAAAAGCCAAUGUAGGAAUCCUAUAUUCUUUAGUCUUAACUUCUUUUAGCCGUAAACAACCUGUUGAUUUAUUGAGCGUUAACUUAUUUGUCAAGUCAUAAUUGAACUUAGUUUAAAUACCUGUAAAAGCCGUUAUCCACCUGAUAUUUUGGAAGUCAUUUUUUCAAAACAAGCUUACAUAGUCUUGUAGAAAUGAUUGUUGUGCCGACUCGUUGAGUUGUGAUGUAAUCUGUAUCCUUCGCUAGUCACGCUUAAAUACGAGUGCUUUGUAGAAAUUCGGUUACGUCCUGGUUACAUCCAUCAUCUAAAACCAAGAAUAGUCUUGGAUUAAACUUUUUGGACCCAAGUUCUGUUGUGAAAAAGGGUUUCAGCAGGCGUAAAAUUCCGUUUUCCCCAUUUCCCAGAGAAUUUUAGGUUUUUCCCGACCGUCAUUUACCCUUUUGUGAAGGCAAAACCAACAAAAUUCACAAACAUUAAAGUAAUAGUUUUUCUAAUAAUAAAGAUAGAAAAUAUCAAACAAACAGCUUUCGAUCUCUUGGCGUCAUGUAAAUGCAGGGCUUAGAAAUUCAACUAUCAUGAAUUUUUUUGAAGCAAAAAUUUGUAUGAAAAUUAGUUUUCAUUGGUGACGUCAUGUGAAAACCAACAAUUAUAGAGUUUAUAAUAAAGAAGAUAUCAAACAAAUUUCACGGCAGGGAGCACUAACCAUGGUAUUUUUUGAUGAUUUUUGCAGGAAUGGCAUUAAAACUUGAAAAAGUUCAAUCCAUGUCCAUCCUUGCUAUCCGUUAACACAGACAACGGGAAACAGUUUUAAUUCCUAAAGACAGUCUUAAAUAACAAAAUUGGACUCGGUUAUUUUACUUAUUUUUGAAUUCAAUUGAUUGACAGAGACGUAUUAGCUAUUCAAAAAGAUUGCAAGUAGCAUGAUAUAUCCCCGCCUUCAAUUAGUUUUACCGAGCUUUGUAUCGCAGUAUCUUACGAGUCUUACGUGAGCCAUGCAUAUGACACACUUUACGCCACUUGCUGUUUUUUUUUUUUAGAUUGAUUGGUUGAACAAAUACCAUAAAGAUUGCCGCGAGAAAGUUGGCAAGAUGUUGAAAGACCAAGGAAAGCAGGACGUCUACGAUUGGCUGGUGGAAAUCACGAAACCAGUUGAACAAAAAGGAGGAACACCCACUGCAGGAAGUGUUACCUUAACACUCUCCGCGAUUACUUGGAUGUCAGUUGCAGCUAUCAGCAUGUUUUUGUUCUUUUGAGAAACAACCGCUGAGCUUUAGAAUACAAAACUAAAAGUCUAAAUAAACAACUUGAUCGUGUAGCCUUAGCCUUAAAUCUUUCCUCCAAGCUGGUAAAAUGUGAGGAAUGAGGAUUUUGACCUAAUUUAGAGUUUGAAAAUCUAAAUCCGCCCGAUUUUCAAGAAGACGGUCUCUUGACCAGCGCCCCUUCUUGUUCCGACAUUAGCUGCUCAGGAUUUUUACUGUUUAUUUUCUUUUUUUAUAUCCACCUGAAACCCAUUGCUCCGGACUAUAUACUGGACUAUAGACUAUAUUAUACCAAAAAAUAUGUAUGAUUUCUAAAUUUUGAUUUUAGGCGGUUCCUGCAAUUAGGAUUUAAAUGAAACAAUUAAAAUGUAAACUAUAAAAAC